CACAACCAAACAGGAUUGUUGGUCUACUUGGUGCGUUUUGAAAUGUUUACAUGAGCUAAAAUGUAAAUAUGUCAAAGAGAGGAGGUGCUAGUGAUGUCAAUGGUUUUAUAUCGAUUGGAGCUGAGAGUAAGAGUGCCAAGAAAAAAGUUGUCAAUGCUACUAGCAAAAAGGAAAAUGAAGAAACAAUUAAAAAAAGAACAGAAUCGAACAAAGAACCAACCAAGGGUAGGACAAGGGUGAGCAAAACUUCUGAGACCAAAGAAAUUCCUUCAAAACUGUCUUCAGAACAAAGAGGAAUAAAGUCGAAAGUCGACCUUGAUAAAAGUGCAAGUAGUUCAACUAGUAAAUUAGCAGAUAAAAGAACUGUGAAACCAUCACCAUCAAGAAGUAGAGCCCCCUCAAAUUUGUCCAGUGAUAAAUUAAAUAAGCCAAUCAAAGUAGUGGAAAAGGCACACCUCGAAAGUCAUCCAAAAAGAAAAGAAGUAGUUUCCUCAUCACAUGUUUCAAGCAAAGGUGUGAAAUCCAAAACUGCCCAAAGUACUCCUAUACUGAAGAAAGCUCUAUCAGUUAGUAGUCAAUCUAAAGGUUCCCCCUACAAAAGUACUGUUGCUCAAAAAACUCAGUCAAUCACCUCAGGUGAAAGAUUGAGAAAAACAAGUCAAUUAAAGGAGGAUCUUUCUAAGACCAAGUCUUCUUCUACUACUGCAUCAACCAAAGGAACAGCAAAAAAACUUGAAACAGGAUCAGUAAAAAGAAGUAGGAGCUCAGCAUCAUCAACAUCUAAACCACAUAGAGAUGGAGAAAAUAGGUAUCAAAAAGCAAUUCCAAAAGUAACAGAAGAAUAUGAUGAUGAAGUUGAGCAUCAGACUAGACCUUAUGGAGAGAUUCCUCGCAGUAACACUUUUACAAAAGAAGGAAAUGAACUUGAAAGUAUUACAAGUGAUUUAUCUACUGACCUAAAUCAGACAGAAAAUGCCUUUAGCAGCCUUGGCAAUGAGGAUGUAGACAAUGAUGAGUAUAAAUACGAGGAAGACUUUGAGGAUUAUGAGUCAGACUUUGAAGAAUACAUGGAAUCAGAAUCUAGUAGUUCAACAUCUGAGGAGAAGUACGGCUCACAAAGUAUUAGUAGCAGUAGUGAUUCUGAACUAUUUGACGAAGAUAAAAUGGGCGAUGGGUUCAAAAGUGGUUUACCAGAAGUAAUGAAGAACUCCCAGAACAGUUCACCCGUAAAAAGUGUCUUAAAGAAAGACAUCGCCUCAACAGUUUCAAAUAGUUCAAGCAAUCAGCAAACUACAAAUGUUAAAGAAAAUUUACUGAAUGUGGAAGAGGAGAGAAAGUUAGAUUCUGGCAGCUAUGACCUAGCGAGUCAUGCAGAUCUAAGAAGAAGAAAACAGAUUAUAGAUAUAAAGGCUGCUAUUGACAAAGAAAAUGCCAGUCUCAGUGCUAAAGGGAGUCGGAAAUCUAAAGCUGUUGCUGAUGAUGAAGGAUUUGUGGAAACGUACAGUCAAGAAACUUCUCCAAUAUUUGCAGAUGAUUCAUAUUCCCCUUCUGAACGACUGAUUAAUUUUGAAAGUGCAAGGAAGCAACAAAUUAAUCAAAAGGCCAAAGCAAAAGUUAAAAAGAGGGGUGCAAUACUUAUGGAAAUGAUCAAGUUAGACGCCAUUUCUUUCAAUUUGUUAGAUAUACCUUCAGUGCCUUAUGAAGUUUAUAUGCAAUGCUAUGGACAAUCUAACACUCUGCAGAUCCACACACAGACCAAUGAGGAUGCAAUAAGUGAGGAAGUUCAAACUGAAGACAUUCAUACCACAACCAAGUGGACACAACAUCCUGUCAAAUACUCUUCUCCCAAAUCACCAGAGGAUGUACUUUUCACUUUUGCUCAGGAAAAGCUGGGUGUGGGGUGUGAAGCCACUCAAAGUGAUGAAGAUUGGUUUCCCAAAUUGCAUGUUAAUUCUUUGAGACUACAUAACUUCAUCAACAAUGCAGGAGAAAUGAUUCUCACAUUGUUAGAGGAGGAGGAAAGGGACAGGAAGAUAAAAUUGAGCAAUAAUACUAAGAGAGAUUACGGAUUCAGUGAUAACUCUAUCAGUUUAAAUGUCCAGAAAGUUGGAUUUCUUCACAAACGUCCUGUGUCCUUUGUUUGUUUCUCAGAGAGCAAUGUUACUCACAUCUUAACCGUCCACAAAUCUUCAAAUGAGCAGCCAAUGACCAUUCAAGCAGAGUCCGAAGGUCGAUGUAUUAUCUGCACAUGGAGUGUUCGAGAGCCAAGUCAACCUCGUCACACACUAGUAGCGUCCAACAACGUAGCUUCCGCGUGCUAUCACUCACAUCUGGUGAUAGCUGGUCUCAUUGAUGGUGCCAUAUGUCUAUGGGAUUUGAGAGAACAGUCUGUUGUUCAUGCCCGCUGUUAUCUCAAAGAACCAGAGUGGCUCCUUCGUUCACCUACAUACCUCACUGCUGAUCUUGAAAAGGGGAAGCGACACACAAAUUCAGUAGUUUCAAUAAAAAUCCUACCUGAGAGUAAUUUUGACGAUACUGCCGUAGCCAUAUCAGAAAAAACACCAAAUCAGGUUGUCAGUCUUGAUGAAGAUGGACUAUUGGCUGUGUGGACGAUUGUGGAGUCAAAGUCCAUUGUCAACAUAAACUCAGGACUUGCACCUUGGGGGAGAUUACGAUUAGUUCAGUCAUCUCAGCUCAGGGUUGUCAAGGCUUUUCCCAAGCCAGAUCAAGGUGGGAUCCAGUGUAGCUGCCUAGCUGUGGACAAUCUCAAACCCAAUAACUUAUACGUUGGCACCAACUCUGGCCUGGUACUCCACACUCAACAGACCUCAUGCAGAGCCAAGCCACAGUUCUACACUCAGUCAUCAGGAUCAAAUGCAAGAAUCACCUGUAUAGAGUUUUCAAGGUGUGGAUAUCCAUUGUUCAUGGUGGGAGACAGUACUGGUAGAGUGAGGAUCUACAGAACUCUAACAGACAGACCUCUACUAGACUUGACAUCAUCAGAAGUCUCUUCUGGUCCAGCCAUCUCAGCUCUACAGUGGUCUCCCACCCAACCUGGCUUGUUCUUUGUGUUGGAUUCUAAUUCCUGUAUUCAUAUAUGGAACCUGUGCUCCAGUGAUAUCUGCCCUGAGAUGUCUGUUCCAUUCACCCGAGAAAACAUUACUUGUAUUAGUCUGUCACCCCACAGGGGCAGCAAACUGUUGGCUGUGGCUUCCGAUGUAGGAACGGUGGAUAUAUUCAACCUGAAAGAUGAGUUUGUAGCUCUACCUGAGAAAGAAAGUAGUGAACAACACAGCAUUUUUAGUCGGUACAUUACUAUUCUUUAGCUGUGUACUGAGCGGUAAAUAGGGAUGUAACUAAUUAAAUUACUGUAAUUUAUUUGUUAUUUUUUAGCCAUUAAGUUUAUAACAAUAUAGUGUUUUAGAACUAGAAUUUUUUGUUACCACUAGUUUUUAUCCAUUGUUAAAAAUAUAAAAAGCAAAGAAAUAUAAAUCUACCAACGCUAUAUGUUCCCUCUACAAAUUUAUCACUGAAUUGUUUUGUUGGCUACAUUUGUUUUUUCUGUAUAAUUCAAGAUGCU